CUAUUUGAGAUUUUCAUUGGUGAUUUCCAUGACUAUGGGCUGGGGUUGGUCACGUGACGAUGAUGUGUAUGAGGAGCUUCAGAAGCCAGACGAGGAGAGGAAGCCCUUGCCCCUUGAUGAAGAUCUUCCUGGAAUGGGUCAAUUCUACAACUUUCACUGUUAUAGCAACAAUGGCACCAGGGGGACGCAAUCUAAGGCGAAAAAAAAUACAAGGCACAAAUAUCCAAUUACCAACUAUCACAACUAGGAAAAAUUGCCAACAAGAAUCUAUUUCAAAUGUACAAAAUAUUGAGAAAGGUGGGCGUGUUCUUCGCCAAAAGACUAUAAAUAGAACAGCAAUACAAUUCAAUUCUGAUAAAAUAGAUGGAUCCAAUGAGAACUUUGUGAGAUUAACAAAAACAAUCAAUCAAAGUUGAAGUACAAUCAUGUAAUGGGCUCAAAAGCUUUUGUAGUAGCUCGAUUUGAAAUUGUAAGUCAUUUCAAUUUGUUACUUUUUGUUUUAUUAUUAUGUAUGAAUAUUAUAUCUUAUUUAAUUGUUAAGACAUGCAAAUAUGAUAGGCUGAGAAAAUGAAUAAUGGUGUGGAACUUGAUAGAAUUGAAUUCUAUAAACACACCCACUAUAGUAAAGGAAAGGGAUGGUCAUCAGUGGAUGCAGAGACUAAUUAUGUAAGAAUGUUUUUAUUUUAUUAAUAGUAAUUUUUUUUUAGAAAUUAUUUAUUUCUUAAAUAUAUGUGUUCUUUUGUUUAUAGGAUAAAAUGAAAGAGUUACAAUCUAAAGUUAUUUUAGAAAGUGAAAGACAAUUGAUAAUUGAUGAGAUUGUGGAUGAGGUAAUGGGGAAAAAAUCUGGUUAUGUGAAAGGCUUAGGUUAUGGUCCAAAACCUAUUGCAAAUGCUUCAAAGUCUGCACAUAAAAGAGCAAUAGAGCUUGAAGAAGCUCUUAAAAGGACACGUGAUGAGGCAGUUAAUUCUCAACGUGAGCUAUUGGAUCGACUAAAUACUACUGAAACAUUAGUGGAUACUCAACAAGCACAAAUUGGAGAUUUAAAUUCUCAAUUGGCAUCUGUUUUAGCGACACAACAACAAUUGAUUGAAAGUUUAACUGCUUCAGGAUUUAUAUCAAUUACUAAUGAUUUAAGGUAUUUUGAUUUACUUUGCUUUUUUAAUUCAAUUUAUUGUUAUUACAAGAAAAAGAUAAUUAAAAUAUAACUUGAUUUUGUGAUUACUUUGUUUGAUGUAGCAAUAAUAAGAGUUGAUUUGAUUCUAAUAGGUAUAUAUUUCUACCUUUACUAUUUAAUAUAUUUUUUUAUGUGUCUAUACUUGAGUUAUUAAUUUUAAAUAAUUUAAUUCAUUUAUAUUUUAUUACAGAUUAAUUAGAUGAUUGACACUAAGAGAUAGAAGGAUCGACAAGCAUCAAGAUAGUAGGGGGAUCGACAAGCAUCAAGAUGGUAGAGGGAUGGAUAAGCAUUAGUUUUUGUGGAAAUGGAUUUGUUUAUUUUUUUUAGGGCUUUUAGUAUUUUUGUAACUUUAAGGAGGAUUCAUUUGAGUAUUUGAUUGGUAUUAAAUUUUAUAUUUAAUGAAUGGUAUAUU